AUGACGAAACAAGAUGAAAAGGGAUAUACGUCGCCUCUUUUCAAUGAGAAGGAAUGGAUAAAAGUGUUCCAUGAUAACUUUUCGCUCUUCAAUUAUAUCAGGAGUCGCUUUCCUCCAUCUCUCGCUUUUAAAGAUAUAGUCAUGCACAUGCCAACGAUUGCCUAUCCUUCGCUCCUUUCUGCGCCAUUCGCUCAAGAUGCCAUUAACAUAGCCCUGAUCAUGGCCCUCCCUGAAGGUUUCGUCGGAAUUAUCGUUUCUACAUCCACAUACCAGACCCCAUCUACUCCAAGAAUCCGGGCACCAUCAUUUUCAACGACGCCAUCAAUUUUGUCAUUUUCGCCAAACUUCUCUCGAGUCUCAUCACUCACUCGGGUAUGGUUAUCAGAGGAAGGCCGCUGGGAUGCUCUCAAAUUGCGUUUCCAAUCUCAUCUAAAGGAUUUACACAUCCUCGGUCUAAUCAGGGAUGGAGGAGAUGAUAAGGAUGGUCGAGGAGAGGAAUGGCCGCCCACAGAAUUAGGAAGUCAGGUUGGACAUGUUCGAGUGGAUAAGGGCACAGUUUUUGAAGAAGAUUUCGAAAGGUUGACGAUGACUUUUAAGAACUGGAGACACGAAGACGGAUAA